AUGCCCGGAGACGCAAACCAAUCCGUGAAGAGAAGAAAGGGGGGCGGCAAAUAUCAGAAACAGUCUAAAGGGGCCAUCGUUGAAAGUGGCGACUGGGGUGUCUUUGUCACCUGUGAUAUGGGCCGGGAGAGUAAAUGUAUUGGAGAGGCACUGGAUAUCUUUUCACAGACUGCCGAGGAAAUCGCCGGUGGUGAUGAUGAUGGAGAGUCAAGCUCUAACGAGGAUGACAUCGAAGCGCAAAUCAGACGAGAAGUUGAAGGGUUAAAACCCGGGAAAGGGAAGCCUCGCAAAUUUCAAGCAAUCAGAAUGGAGGUCCCAUGUGUGGCUUUCAUAAAAUUUGAUAAAUCUAUAAAUCCUGUGCAGAUGGUCCACAAGCUCUGCCUUGAAGCUCAAGAACACCCUGAAAAGAAGCGAGGCCGUUACAUUCAACGGAUGACGCCAAUUACUCAGAUCAAAAAGACCCUUAGUGUUGACUUGGAGGCUUUUGCAAAGGAGAUCCUCGAGCCCCAUUUCCAUUCUGGAGGACCACCCAAGAAGUUUGCCAUUCGACCUUCUAUAAGCCGCAACACGAAGUUUGACCGCAACACAGUGAUCAAGACGAUUGCAAGCGCCGUUGGUGGUGACCACUCUGUGGAUCUCAAAAAUUAUGAUGCGCUUAUCUUGAUCACCGUCAUUCAGAAUAUCAUGGGAAUGAGUGUUGUCGGAGGUGAUUAUGACCAACUGAAGCGAUACAAUUUGGCCGAGCUUUACAGUCCAACUCCAAAGCCGCAAGCGUCUGAGAAAAAGGAAUCUAAGACAAGGGAAUCGAAAUCAUAA